CUUCCCGCUGGAGCACCUCCUCUCUGCCCCGUCCGCCAGCGAUCCCCCACUCCCGGCCCUGUUCCAGCCGCACCCCUGGGUCUGGCCCCAUUGCCAUGAGCUGCUUCGAGGAGGAGGGCAGCUGGAGCCUGUCCUUCGCGGGCGCGGGUUUCCUGAGUCUCUACCACGUGGGGGUGAUCCACUGCCUGAGGCAGCGCGCCCCGCGCCUCCUCCGCGGCGCCAGCCGCUUCUACGGCUCCUCGUCCGGGGCGCUCAUCGCCGUCAGCAUCGUCAGCGGCAUGUCUGUCGAUUUGUGCUGCUCGCGCAUCCUGGCCAUGGUUAAGCGAGUGGAGCAGCUGAGUCUGGGCGUCUUCCAGCCCUCCUUCAUGCCCGUCGAGACCGUCAGGCAGGGCCUGCAGGACUCGCUGCCCGCCGACAUCCACAUCCUGGCCUCCCAGCGGCUGGGCAUCUCGCUGACCCACUGGCCCAACGGCGAGAACUUCAUUGUCACCAACUUCGCCACCCGCGAUGAGGUCAUUGAGGCCCUGGUCUGCACCAUUUUCCUCCCUUUCUACUGUGGGACGAUUCCUCCCACGUUCAGAGGGAAGCGCUACAUUAAUGGCACUCUAAGCAACAACAUACCCUUCGCGGACUCACCCUCCACCAUCACCGUGUCGCCCUUCCACGGGACGGCGGACAUCUGUCCCCAGAGCAGCUCGGCUAGCACACACGAGCUGAAUGUCUUCAACGCCAACUUCCAGAUCUCCACCGAGAACUUCUUCCUGGGCAUCAGCUCCCUCAUGCCCUCCAGCCCCGAGGUAGUGGCCGACAGCUGCAGACAAGGCUACCUGGAUGCCCUGAGGUUCCUGGAGAGACGCGGACUCACCGAGGAGCCAGUGCUGUGGAGCUUUGUGUCUAAGGAGCCCCCAGCCCCAGCUGAUGGGACCCCAGGUGCUGCUCAUGACAGAGGCCUGUCGCUCAACUGGGCAGUGCCCAACGUGCUGGUCAAGGACGUGCCCGACUUUGAGCAGCUCUCCCCAGAGCUGGAGGCUGCACUGAAGAAAGCCUGUACGCGGGCCCCCAGUACCUGGGCCUCUUUUUGCCGCUCGGGGCCUGGGCGGGCGCUGACGUACCUGCUGCUGCCUUGCACGCUGCCCUUUGAGUACGUCUACGUCCAGAGCAGAAGAUUGGUGGCAUGGCUGCCGGACAUGCCGGCCGACUUGUGGUGGAUGCAAGACUUGCUGAGGAGCUUGGCCCUCGAGGUCUAUUCCAGGACGAAGGACCCGCUCCUCAGGUUGGUCAGCCUGCUUGUCACCAGCCCCCUCCAGCCUAAGGCUGCUCCUCUCGAGGACCUGGCCAAGGAGCCCAGACCCGCCCAUCAGGCCUGAGGGGACCGUGCCAGCCCAGCCCAGCCACUAGCCUCCCCUGACUCCCAUCGUGGCCCUUGUCCCGUGCCCACAUCUGCCCCCAGUCCUUGAGUCCUGACCCAUCUCCUGGAGCUCAGAGCCUGAUCCCUAGCCCAGGGUGGGCACUGGAAUUGUCAGCCACAUGGAGGGUGGAGAGGACAGACUCUUGUCCCAGGCCAUGUGGGCAGGUGGCCCCCAGGAGUGAGAAGAGCCCCCCGAGUCUCUCCGUAGCCCCUGCUCCUGGGGCUUCAGGUUCUUCUUUUCCGAGUGAGGCGCAGCCUCUUGGUACAGCCCCAGGUCAUCCUCCCAUCUCAACACAGGGAGGAAGGAAGCCAGGGGCUGAGACACAUGUCUGGUUCUGGAAUUUCCAUUUGGGGGACUUGGGGCAGCGUCUCCAGGAAUAAGGGCUUGGGCGUGUCAUAGAGCAGCGUGCAGGGAGCUUCAGGGAAGGUGGAGAAACGGGCAUACCAGAUCCCUGGCUUCCCUGGGGGCUCAAAAGGUAAAGAACCCGCCUGCAAUGCAAGAGACCUGGGUUUGAUCCCUGGGU